UCUGGGCGGUAGAGAGGGUGUGGUGACUCAGCCGGAAAACAGCUUUCUCUUGUGUUUAAAACACCUCGUUGUUCAACCUGAGGAUCAUCACUGGUAUUAACAUCAGCAGAAAGCAAACUGUGAGAGAAGUCACUGUUCAGACAGAGAACAGAGUUAUCUGUUCCACACGUUAGAGACCCAAAUGCCCGGUCCCACCCAAGCCCUUUCCCCAAAUGGAGAGAAUAACAACGACAUCGUCCCGGACAACGGAACCAACAUCAUUCCUUACAGGAAAAAUACGGUGCGGGGAGAGCGCGCCUACAGUUGGGGGAUGGCGGUCAACGUAUAUUCUACCUCAAUAACCCAGGAGACUAUGAGCAGGCAUGACAUCACUGCCUGGGUUAACGAUAUUCUCUGCCUAAACUAUACGAAAGUGGAGCAGCUCUCCUCAGGAGCUGCCUAUUGCCAGUUCAUGGACCUGCUCUUCCCUGGCUGCAUCAGUCUUAAGAAAGUGAAGUUCCAAGCUAAAUUGGAGCACGAGUACAUUCACAAUUUCAAACUGCUGCAGGCAUCCUUCAAAAGGAUGAAUGUGGACAAGAUUAUUCCUGUGGAGAAACUGGUCAAAGGCAGAUUUCAGGACAAUCUUGAUUUCAUCCAGUGGUUUAAGAAGUUCUUUGAUGCCAAUUACGACGGUAAAGAGUACGACCCCGUGGCAGCCCGACAGGGUCAGGAUGCCAUUCCCCCCCCUGACCCCGGUGAGCAGAUCUUUAACCUGCCAAAGAAGUCCCUCCAUGCAGCCAGCUCCCCCACUGCAGGAGCAUCAAGGUCAACCUCCACAACCCCCAAGUCCUCAACACCGACAUCCCGACCCUCUUCAGCGAAAAAGAUCCCUGUAACAACUGCAAUUCCUGCCAAAGGGGAGAAAGAACUGGAAGCGCAGGUCACACAUCUUACAGAGCAGGUGGACACAUUAAAGUCGGCACUGGAAGGGGUGGAGAAGGAGAGGGACUACUACUUCAGUAAGCUGCGAGAGGUGGAGCUGCUGUGCCAGGAACACGGUGAAGAAAACGGCCCGUUUGUUGAUCGGCUAAUGGAGGUUCUUUACGCCUCAGACGACCAGGAAAGAGUGGAGCUGGCUGAGGGUGACGGACAGGAAGCGGAACAGCAAGCCCACGAGGAGGCACCAAAUGAUCAGCAGGAGGAACAGGAUGAAUACUGACUUCCAUCACACCUCACUGCAGUUACACCCUUCUUUUUAAAUAUGUGAGAACUGUUAUAAGGAUUUUUUAUUUUUCCUCAUGGUUUAUUUUUUGUUCUCUCCAAGACUGAGCACAUGAAGCAACCUCCUGAAUAGAAGCACCAUCACAUUUUUUUGUAUCUCUCUGCUCACUGUUUAAUGUUUUUUGUGACUUUUGGUGAACUGCUGUGGCAGGUUUGUGGUGACCACCUCUGCCAGCAGACACACUCAGACCAUCACAGAAGUUUCCGAGGACUGUGUGGGUGGAAAUUUAAUUUCUAAUCGUGCGGUAGAUGUGAUGAAAUGCUGAAGUUUACACAGGUACCAGUUACCUGUCAGUGCAAGUGUUAACUUCCCAGCUUCUGUCCUUUUCAUUUUAUUUUAUUUUUAUUUUGCAUAUCGACAAUAUUAUUCACAAGAAUGCAAUAAGCCAGGCCCUGAAAGGGCUAAUAGUAGCUCUUAUUUAACCUCCUUCCACAUGUUGCACUGACAUUUGACUCUGUAUUGGACAAUCUGUCCAUAGACCCUCACCAUAUUUAUUAUUGUAAAGCCUUAGGCAUAGUGCAAGAUUCAGAAUUGCAUCCUCGUGAAGGAGGACCAUACAGUUGAUGAAUUGUGAAUAAAAUGUAGUAUAAUGCCAACUUAUGUCUGUUUGACAGCUAUCCUUGCAAAUUCCAUUUCAGAUAAUCAGUGUGCUCCACAGUGUAAUUCACACCUCACAAGGAAGAAAGGUUACUGAGGACUAGUCUUACUACAAUUCAGCAUUUUUAUUUUUAAAGCUUCAGUUGGAGCCUGUGGUCUGUUACGAUUUCAGCUGUUUGUUUCAGACUUUUGUUUUUAACCACAGGUCUUAGGGAGAUGAGUCAGUUCACUGAGUUAUUUGCCGUACUAUAUUCCAGUAAGAACAUUGUAUACCCUUUCUUAAUAUUGCAUUUACUAAUAUUGAACUGGGCAGUGCACCAUAAUGCUUUAGUCAUAUAUUAUUGUGUAAAUGAAAAAGGAAUGUAAACUUGUACUGUCAAUAAUUAAUGACUGGUAAAUGUUUUUUUUCAUGUCCCACUCAUUAUGCAUUCCCCAAAAAACGUGUUGCAUGUUUGCAUUUUAUUUGUGAAUAACUUGACCUGCUUUUUACAUAUUUAAUAAAAAACGUUAAGUGAGCUUUUGUAUGUUUACCUGCUAUUUGAAAGAUGUUGAGAUUCGGAUGGAUUUGCUGUAAUAAAAUUGCGUUUUGAGUCCA